UGCCAACUUUUUGGCGGGAAGCAAUGGAGCGCUGCCUGGAGGAGAUCUCGUCCGCGGUGCUGGACGCGGGCGAGCCGCUGUCGUACCGGACGCUCGGCAUCCGCUCGCGCGUGGCUGCGGCCGCCAGCGCCGAGGCGCUCGCGCAGUUCUCGUCCGAGAACGACGCCGUCCAGGCCCUGCGCGUGCUGGUGAAGCGCGCCGCCGUCGCCGAUGACGCGGACAAGAGCGACACAGCCGCCGCCAAGCGCGACCCGAGGGCGCGCGUGCUGUCGCUGACCGUGGAGACCCAGAAGCAGACGGACGACCUGCUGUGCCAGCAGAUCUACGCUUUGUACGGCAAGUCCAACGCCGCCGCGGAGGACGAGGCGGCGGCCAUGGCCACAGCCUGCUGGGCGCAGGAGCGCCAGGCGCGCAACGACGCGCUGAGCGGCGUGGACAAGCACGCGCCACUGACGGCCGCGGCCAAGGCGCUGUACGCGAGCGGCAUCAAGUGCGCGGAGGCCACGGCGCGCCAGGACUUCGGGGAGGAGCAGGGCGAGGAGACAAUCUCGGCCUUCGACGCCAUCAACGCGUCGGCCAAGAAGAAGCCCGUGGCUUCCGGCAGCUCCUCAUUCUUCAAGAGCAGUGGCAAGACCGCAGGCUUCUCCAAGAGCAGCGGGGCUAGCAGAAAUGGAGCCAGCAAGACAACGGCCAGCAAGCCGGCGGAGGCCAAGAAGCUGGACAUGAGCAACGUGCUCACAGUCGACAGCGACGACGAGGAUGACGACGAGACCGACGCGCCGGUGUUCGUCAAGAAGACGAUGAGUAGUAAGAGGGUGAUCAGUGAUGACGAAGAUGAAGGGGACGAGGCGCCGGCGCCCAAGGCAACGAGCACGCCGGCUCCUAAGAGUCGCAAUGUCAAGCGCAAGCUGAAUGCCUCUCCAGCUGCGACCAAGAAGGCAAAGCAGGCCGAAGAAGUUGAGAAGCGUGUGGAAUCCGAGGUAGAGGAGGACGAGGAGGAGGAGGACGAGGAGGAGGAGCCGGCUAUCGCGACCAAAAGGCGGGUACUUGUCUCCAAGACGCGCAUCAACGAGCAGGGCUACAUGGUCACGGAGAAAGCGUACGAGGAGGUGGAGUUGACGCCCGAGGAGGUUGAAAAGGAGCAGAAGGCUGCCAAGAAGAAAUUGGAGGAGAAAAAGAAGAAAGCGGCUGCCGAGAAGGCCGCCAAGGCCAAGAAGGAGGCCAAGAAGCACAGCGGCCCACCCAAGCAGCGCGACUUGCGCUCCUUCUUCUCGGUCAAAUGA